CCUAGCCGGGAGCCUCGCAAACUCGGGGCUCUGGGCUUGACAGCAAAAAUGCAGGAGACAGGCUGCACCGAGGGAAGAUGAAUUGGUCAACGCCGUGAAGCCGGGCUUCUGGUUGCUGACAGGAUCCAGAAAAUGGGUUACUGGAGAAGACCGGGUCUGCUUUCCUUGCUGCUGCUCUCCUUCUCCUGCAGUGCCAGUGCUCGCCGCAGCCUGAAGACCAACCUGUGCAAGUGGUGUGACUCCACGCCACCGGCCUGCGAGGAGAAGGUGUGCUACAGCAACUGCAACCUCAACUCCUACUGCGAGGAUCCCUACGAGAUCUGCGUGGCCAUAUGGAGACAGGACAACGAGAGCAUCAGGAUCAGCACACUCUGCCACAACCCCCACCACCCCAUCGAAAACCUCAUGGUUCCCAACUACAACACCUCGCGCUGCAUCAUGACCCAUCAGCCCAGCGAGGAUGGGAUCAUCUACAUCUGCGGCUGCGUGGACGAGCAGGAGUGCAAUGAUAAACUCAUCUUCGAAAACCACACCAAUGGCUACUCCAUGCUGCAGAGCAAAGAGGUGAUCCCGGUGGCUGCCAUCAGCCUCCUGCCCCCACUGCUGGUGGCGGUGAUGAUCACGGUGAUAUUUUACCUCUGCCGCACGCAGAAGCGGCGCAAGAGAACCAAGGAGUGGGGUGGGAAACCGGGGCAGCCCCCGGCACUGCCAGAGGCAGGGAGGUCUGCCGAGCGGGAGGAGAAGCUGUCCGUGCUGAUGGAUGAGAGCCCAACCAGUGCCAACCCCACCUGCACCAGCAGCCGCCCCGCUGAGCUGCUCCCCAUCGAGCUGGACGAGAUGGUGGGCAAAGGGCAGUUCGCAGAGGUGUGGAGGGCCAAGCUGAGCCACAGCCGCUCGGGGCAGUACGAGACGGUGGCCGUGAAGAUCUUCCCCUGCGAGGAGUACUCCUCUUGGAAGAACGAGAGCCAGAUCUUCACCGACACCAGCCUCAAGCACGACAGCGUCCUGCGGUUCCUCACUGCUGAGGACCGGGGCACGGGGCCCCGCCGGGAGUACUGGCUCAUCACCGCUUACCACAGCCGGGGCAACCUCAAAGACUACCUCUCUCACCACAUCCUGAGCUGGAUGGACCUGCAGAAGAUGGCAGGCUCCCUGGUGAGCGGGGUGGCCCACCUCCACAGCGACUACACCGCCUGCGGCAGGCCAAAAAUCCCCAUCGCCCACAGGGACAUCAAAAGCACAAAUGUCCUGGUGAAGAAUGAGCAGGAGUGUGUGCUCUGCGACUUCGGCAUCGCCAUACGCCUUGACCCUUCCCUGACAGUGGAUGACUUUGCCAACAGCGGGCAGGUGGGCACUGCCAGGUACAUGGCCCCAGAGGUCCUGGAGUCCAGGGUGAACCUGGAAGACUUGGAGUCUUUCAAGCAGAUGGAUGUCUACUCCAUGGCCCUUGUUCUGUGGGAAAUGGCCUCCAGAUGUGAAGUGGUAGGAGAGGUAAAGAAUUACGAGCUGCCUUUUGGGUCAAAAGUCCAGGAGCAGCCCUGUGUGGACACCAUGAGGGACAUCGUGCUGCAUGGCAGAGGGCGACCUGAGAUCCCAAGCAGCUGGCUGGUGCAUCAGGGAAUGCGCUUUCUGUGCGACACCAUCACAGAGUGUUGGGACCACGACCCCGAGGCUCGUCUCACCGCCCACUGCGUGGCCGAGCGCUUCAACCUGAUGGCACAGAUGGAUUGCGAUGAUAUCCUCAACAACAACACAGACAACGAGGCCAGCAAAACAGCUUCUCCAGGCAGGGAGCACCAGGACAGUGACGGCAGCAGAAACACACAGUGACACAGCAGGCAAAAAGCCUCAUCACGAGAAACAAGAGGAUAAGUGAGAAGCAUUUAGCUCAUCAGAAAAAAACCUUGCUCCAUUUUUCAAAAUGGAAUGAAGAUCUAGUACAUAACUUAUUUAUAAGAUCUGUUUCCUCCCACAGAUACGUGAACUGUGGAAUCAAUACUUUAAAGUGCAACAUUAUAUAUGAACUGAUUUUGUACUUACUUUAAAUGUAUAAUGAUGCAAAGCAUUCCUUUUAUUAUUUUUUAAAAUAAUAAUGUUUAAUCUUUUAUUAAUAAGCUCCGGAAUUCCUUGUCUAUCUUUUGAAGUCCUUCCACAUUGCCAUCACAAGUUUCUCUUCUAACUGCUUAUUCUUCAGAGAUCAAGAGAAUGGUCAAUUUUCCUUUUUUAACGGCCUCCACACACACUAAAAAAAAUAAUAAUCUGUUGUAGCGGCAUAAAAAAAAACCAUCUUGAGAUGUUACACACCCUCAGUGGAAGAAAUGCUGGCACCCAAGAAAAUUACUCAUUGAUCAGGUAGUCUCUAAUAUGGUGUAAGGAUAGCCAACAAUCUAGUUCGAAAAAGCCUGAUUUGCUGCAACUCGAAGACACCCUUUUUUCACUGGGGAGUUCCUGGGUGUACUUGAUAGUUCAAGGGGGGCAUGAAGUUUCUUUGACAGAAAAAAACACCACUGUAGACACUAAGAAGUCUCCAUGCAGGACAUUUAGACAGCUCUUUCUCCGUAACAGUCCUUCACUUUCCAGCCACUGUUAGGCAACAGAUUUGUGCCACAGCAAUAGUGUCAGCGUAAACGUGUUGGCUAAUUCUUCUUGCAACUCUUACGCACCCCUCUGCUGUGUUACCAACCCAAAGAGACACAACCAGGCUGAACCUGGAGCUUCAGUCCCAUAACCAGCAGACCAAGCCAGGCUGCCUCUGCAGUGGAAAGGCAAUUAAGGAAAGGUAAGUCAUAUCUCACUCUUGAACCUGGGCACUGUGCAAACCUUAAUCCUUCCACCCUUGGGAGCAAAAAGUAACAAAAACCUUACCUGCUGCUAAGCCCUGCAAGCCCAUACCCGAUAUUCACCUACA